AUGAAAACGAGACCAGUCAGAAUUGAGACUUUCAAGACAAAUGACUUCUCAUUAAAUUUAAAGACUGAAAAUUCACUUCCCCAGCCAAAUAAGAAUAUUUGGACCGGAAGAGUGAUCGGUGGAUCAACAGCAGUUAAAGGGCAAUUUCCUUAUCUUGUCUCGUUUCGCAGUGGAAUUAUGCAAAGUCAUUUCUGUGGAGGAUUUAUAAUCACAGAACAUUGGAUUGGAACAGCUGGACACUGUGCAUCAGGAAAAUGGACGUGGAAUACUUACGCAAUUGUUGGAGCUACAGUGAAAGCUAAUGAAGGCAUUAAGCAUUCUAUUAGCAAGUUUGUCAUUCAUCCAGAUUACGAUAAAACAAGUUUAAUUAAUGACAUUUCGCUUGUUAGAACGGUAAAGAAAAUAAAGUUCAUUCCAACAGUUCAACCGAUUAAAUUAAGUUCACAUCCAGUUCCCGAUGGAUCGAAUGCUAUUGCUUUAGGUUGGGGCUACACAACUUAUCCUGGUCAGGCUUCACAAAGCCUUCAAUAUAUAAGAGUAAAAACAAUAUCAAGAGAUAAUUGUCGAAAAAGAAUGACUUUACCGAAUUCUGCAAAGCUUUUUGAAUCGUCGUUGUGUGCAGAAUCAGCAAGUGGGUCUGGUGGUGCAUGUAUGGGAGACUCUGGAGGGCCUUUAGUAGCAAAUAAUCUAAUAAUUGGAAUUGUUUCUUGGGGAAUUCCAUGUUCGAAAGGCUUUCCUGAUGUUUAUACGCGUGUUGCUUCUCAUAAAGCUUGGAUCGACAGCGUAAUUAAUUGGAAGGAGUAGAAAGCCAUGAAUGAGCCUGAAAAUUAUGCAACCAAACAAAAAACUGAACUACAUC